AUGGCUGAGUUAUGUUUUGUGGCUUAUGGAUGUUUCCGAAGAUCUAGCAAGGGAUUACCCUCCAAGACUUACCCUGAAGCGGCUUCUAUUUUUGAAAACAAAAGCAUUAAUACGAAUAGCCAUUUUUCUGAGAUCCCUCGACUUAGACAAGCAAUUGGAAUAGAUGUGUGGGAUAAUCUGAAGACGUAUCCUGUUGGAUUGAUUGCUAAACUGGCUGAGAGCAAAUUGGUGUGGUCUGGUAAGACUGUACAUUAUCUACUUUGUAGACAGCUGCGAGUCUAUAAGAAGGAGAUUUGGUCUCUCAUUGUUGAUCAACCUCUCAGGUUUAGCUUAAUAGAAUUUGGUGAGAUCACGGGUUUAAACACAAAUCCACUGCCAGAAGAAAGUUUUGAACCUGAUCCAGAGAAUUACAAAGUGUUGUGGGAGUUGUUGAAAGUGCCGCUUGGGUACGGACCCAAGUUUGAUGAACUUAUAGAAGCUUUAACGGAGUGUCCAUUCUGGAGUGCUGAUCAGCGAAAAUGUGCAAAAAGAGUAUUCGAUGAUGACGCCCUGAUGACUUAUCCUUGGGGUCGGACUGCCUAUGAAUUUCUUGUUGAUUCUAUCAAGUUGUUGCAUCCACAAGGAGGGUCGUACACCCUUAGCGGCUUCAAGGACGUGGUAUUGGUUUGGGCGUAUGAAUCUGUCACAGUGUUCGGAGAGCUUUAUGGCAGAAAAGUGAAUCCAGACGAAAUUCCGCUUUUGCGAUGGGGUGGAAGUCGUACUCGUGCAAGUCUUGCUACUACAAUAGCUAAGGAGAUGAAUGAUCAUGGAACGGUGCGUGUGAGGAAAAUGGUGAUGAAGGAGGGUCUAGAAGAGCUGUUUCCUCAGUGGAAGGAUGAAGCAGAUGACCCACAACUUGAUAACCUAAUUAAAGAUAUACAUGCAGAUAGGUUUGUUAGAGAUUUUUAUGUGCAAUCGAAUGAGAAGAACAAAAAAACGAAGGCUGGAGUUUCGUCAGAGGCUGAGCCACCCUCAAAGAAGCAGAAGAAAGGUAAGAAACAGAAGGAGGUGAAAAUCAAUGAGGGUGAAACUGCUGUUGUAGAGGAGAAGGAGAGUGCAAAGGAGAAGGGUCGUAGCGAAGCGGUUCUGCUGAACAUAGUUGCUCAUCUCGAGAAGUUGGACCGAAAAUUUGACUCGAGAUUAACAGAAUACGACACCAAGUUUGGAUUUUUUUCCCAAGGCCUUUUGGAUACCAUUGGAGAUACAGUGAAAACUACAGUUGAAGAGCGUCUGAGAGUUUUGGGGGUGUCCAAUAGUAGUCAACCUGAAGGUCAACACGUGAUGGUCUCAGAAGACAACCAACAGCCGGAGUCCAAUAGUGGUCAACCUGAUGGUCAAAACGUGAUGGUCUCAGAAGACAACCGACAGCCGGACUCCAAUAGUGGUCAACCUGCAUCUAAGACCCCUAUUGAUAAACAGUCCGAAGACAGCCAACCGCAAAAGACCCCUGAUAAAGGCCAAUCUGAGAAGAAUCUGGCAGAUGAUAUUGCUAAAGCUGAUGCGAAAGGUAUGGGAGCAAAGCUGAAUUCGAAGGUUGUCAGGGAUAAGGCUGCUGGGGUGAAAAAGAACUUGGAUUCGGCGUUUGGUAAUGCCGAUGCAACAAAUGCUGAUUUGGUCUCUGAUUCUCCUGGUAAGGAACCACCAUUCGGACGCGGUUGCAGGGGCUUAGGGAAAAGAAAUAACUUAGCGGCUGAUUUGGAGAGGAAUGAAGCUGAGUUAAAGAAGAAGCAGAAGGAAAUUCCACAUGGAGAAGCUCACGAGGAUAUUGAGUUCUACAGAAUUCUCAUCACUCCAAGACCUUGGCCCAUCAAAGAAUAUGGAUGGCUGGUUCAAAAUCAUAUUGCUUCGUAUAUUAGAGUCCUCAUUCAAAGGUCCAAACAAGAUCCCAGCCUAUUCUGGUCCAAGCGCGUUGCCUUUAUAGACUCUUGGUUCCUUGAAUCAUGGGUUCACGAUUAUAAGGAGUUCGAAGUCAAACCGGAAAUGGUCAAAUUCAAAGGAAGUGGUUACGAGGGGUUAGCAAACGGUUUGAUCCCCACAGACAUUCAGACAAAGUUGCGGUGGUUUACAGAUGUAGAUCACUUGUACGGAGUGCUUAAUACUGGCGGCAAUCAUUGGGUGGGUUUUCACGCGGAUCUGCAUAAAGAGAAGGUUGAUUGCUAUGAUUCAAUCGUUGGAGAGCAAACACUCGAAAGUGAUCUGAGAAUGCUAAAUUUCUUUGGGCCGCUUACUCGUAUGAUCCCUGCGAUUCUGAAUGCCCUUAUUCCUGAUGAUAUCCGAGUCCCUACCAAGAAAGAGUUUGUAUUCAGACGAAGAACAAAACGUAUUGUUCCACAAAACAACCUGAGAGGCGACUGUGGAGUGUAUUCAUUGAAGUUCGUCGAGUGUCUAGCGCUUGGUGUAGCUUUUGAUGGGAUAUUGGAUGAAAAUAUUCAAGGUCUGAGAAUGAAGAUGGCAGCAGAUGUCUUCAAUGAAGGAAGUUGUAGUUUGGUAGGGUCGUUUGGCGAUGAAUGA